UUUAACAUUUUUUCUGUAGCUCAAAAUUACUUAUUGAUAUUUAAAAUGGCUCAAAAUCGCAAAAAGUAUAAAACCUCACGAGUGCUUAGGGCUCUGAAAAAUACAAAGGGUAGUACUUAUACAGAGAUCGUGAAAGAGAUGACUGAAACAAAAGGUUUUACAAUUGGAGAAGUCAUUGAAGGCCUCACUAUUUCGCAGCAAUAUGUCUCAUUUCCUGCAUUUGGCAACAAAAAGGAACGAGCAAAAACAUACUAUGAAGACUUUCAGUAUCAUGUCUCUAAAAAUAUGAAGUACUGCGAUUUAGUAAAACAAUUCGCUAAAAAAGAAAAUGUUUCCGUAGAAGACAUAUUGAGCGUUCUUGAUAUCCUAGACGAAGAAAAUAAGCAGCUUUCAAAACCAAAGAAAAGAGCAAAUCGUUUCAGGAAAAAAACUGCUGGUCGUAAAGCUAAGCGAAUGAAGGACCACGUGUUAUGCAGGUAUUGCGGCAAACCUAAGAGAUGUAGAUCGAAAUAAAGUGUCCACCUUAUGAAUGCCCUUCAGUUUUAUAUGGACUUUAACACGUUUGAAACCAAAUUACUUUGACUGUUGUAACAAAUUUUUUGUUA